UUGUUGUAUUCAUAUUUGAUGGGAAGGGUUUAUAUUUUUUAACUUUUCAUUAUCUCGACACUGUCCCAAUGAUUUGAUACAAAUAGUCCAUAUGUUAAAGGUUGCUUACAGUCUGUUUUGUUCACACAGGACCUUUAUCAUGUUGUUAUCCACGAAUACUCUUACCAUUUGCAGAUAGCGGAAUGGGAGCAUGUUCUAUUAUAUUUUUGAAAAUCACCUGAAAAAAUGCAGCAAUAUUCGUCCGGGUGAACUUUCCAAAUUUUAUUUAAAUGUCCCGAAAUAUUGGGAUUCCUGUUCUUUUGCGGACACGUCAUCGAAUCGAAGUCAAAAUGGCGGAUGUUACGAACUUGAAGAGGAUUGCUUGUAAAGCGAUUGAUAAACACGCUGACGAACUAAAAGAGAUCAACAGAAAAAUAUGGGAAAACCCAGAACUUUUUUUCGAAGAAAAACUAGCCCAUCAAAUCCUCACAGAUUAUCUCGACAAGCAAAACUUUGAGGUGAGCAGACAUUGCACCAUGGAGACGGCGUUUCGUGCAUCAAGUGGUGGCGAACAAGGACCGUGUAUUGGGGUGAUUAGUGAGUAUGAUGCACUUCCAGAGGUUGGCCAUGCUUGCGGACAUAAUCUGAUAGCUGAAUCCGGUGUGGCUGCUGGAUUAGGAAUCAAAGCAGCUUUAGAGGCAACAAAUAACAGCCUUGGUAAAGUUGUUGUACUUGGAACUCCAGCUGAAGAAGGAGGAGGUGGAAAGGUCAUAAUGAAUGAGAAAGGCUGCUUUAAAGAUAUUGACUUCUGUAUGAUGGUUCAUCCUACACCAGUAGACUCCACAAUGCCAUUCGUAUUGGCACGUGACACAGUCGUUGCAACUUUCAAAGGGGAAUCAUCACAUGCAGCAGCAUUUCCCUGGGAAGGUGUUAAUGCACUUGAUGCUGCUGUGGCAGCAUACAGUAGUAUCAGCAUUAUUGAUAGUAUGGCUGUCAAUCAUUCAUACGCUUUUACAGCUGCUGCAGGAACUGACAUUGCUCACCAAAAGACUUUGUUAGCAUCUAAAGCAUUAGCAAUGACAGCUAUUGAUUUGUAUUGCAGUGAAGAACUUAGAAAACAAGUUAAAGAUGAAUUUAUACAUAUGCAUCAGUAGUACUAGGCAUUUGUUACAUUUAUGGAAAGCAAUUGAAAUAGAGGCAAACAGGCUACACAUUGAGCAUAUAUUUAAUAUAAUUGGUUGCUUUUUGGAAAAAUUACAUUCAUAAUAUAUGAUAGUUAUACUACAAGAAAAUUUACAGUACCCUAAUGAUAUUCCCAGUCAAAAAAUUAAGAAGCAAAUGGACUCAAUUGACUUUGACACCAACAGACUGGUAUGGAGGGCUGAUCCCCAGAAGACUGUCACAAUUAGUAUCAUAGUAUCUGUACAUCUCAUCUAGGGUUUUGUUUCCAUCAACAACCUGUCAAUCAAUCAGCUCAUUAAUCAAUAAUAUCACUUAUUUAACAAACUACAAUUCCUUUUUUAGUCUGUAUCGAUAAACAGAUGUCAAAAUGUGAUGAGAAUAAAGAAAUUUGUGCGAACAAUGUUCUCAUCAAAUUUUGAAUAAAAAUUACAACCUUCACUCCAAAUAGGGCUUGAAAAAAUAUAACAAAUCACACACUGGGUUGACAAAUUACAGCACAUGUAAGACUGAAUGGCAURAUCUAUGAAGUGUACUUUGUAGURUUAUYUMUGUGUGUCUAAUCUUU